AUGAGCGCCUUUCUAUUCUAUAGACCCAACUCGAACCCUAACAGAUACUCUAGAAGAGAGCGAUUCAGCCCCCGAUGUACCAAGUCUUCUUCCAACCUUCAUACAAUUCCAUCUCAGCCGUCCAUGGAAGGAUCGGCCAGACCUGUUACGAGACCCCACAACCUUACCGACAGGGACAAUUUCGAUCCAUGUUGUAGAGAUAACACUCAUUGCUCUCAGGCGCAGCCAACCAAUGAUAGAUGCAGCGCGACAUCUGAUAAGGACUGCACUUCGUUGCAUGACCCAUUUCAUGAGCCACAAACAGGCCGUGAGCUUGUUGGGACGUCAGUAGCUGACAAGGGUCAUGACGAUGCAGCUCCUCAGGUUCGGGGGAAGGACGAUGCUGAUUACAUCUCGAAUCAGUCAACUAUCGAACGAAACACUUCAGCGCGAAACUCCGUGGAUGAACCAGCAUUGGCUCCAGCAUCUGUGGAGAGAGACAUUGAUCAUGUGCCAUUUUGCCAGCAGUCUCGAGAAGCCCCCCCAACCCCCGAAAGGCAGUGCUUCUCCCUUUCUUCGACCCAGGUGCAUGCACAACACACAUCAGAAUGUAUAAACAAGAACAAUGACUUUCAGCCUGGAUUACCAUUCACCCUAGCGGAGUUCGCGCCUCCAAACACCGUCAAACGAUCGCCGCUGGAAGAUUGGGGCUCCAUUGAUGCAACACUACAUUGCAGAAAUAGCCCACAUCAAGAUCAAUCUAUACUCGAGGCGGAUAAUCUCUAUAUCCACGACAUCACUGCUCCUAACUCCAAUUCUCCGAUAAGUGACCUGCACGAGUCAGAACUAUUCCCCUUACAUGAAAGUGCUGGCUCAACCGAUGCACCAUUUGUAAAUGAUGAGGGACAAGGUAUCGAGGACGCAUAUUCAGAUCCCAGCCCGCAUCGACCGGUAACGCCGGUCAGGUCUACGUCCGAAGUAUCUGAUAAAGAUCAUUGCACUGCCGCUGACGAUAAUGAGGACGUUCUUGAUCCAUCGGAUGACACUCAUGAGGACUAUACUACAUCGGCUGAUGCACAAUCACUCCCGAGGCCUGAAACAUAUGCGGAACGUGCUUUUGGCGGGAGGAGUGACGAAGGAUCGUCCAAACUCAGUCCUAAUGCAGAGCCGCAUUUCUCACACAAGACGAAGAGUAUAGACUCUGCGAAUGAUACCGCCAGGGAAGGUGAUCGCCCAAUAUCCAUGUCUAAAUUCCCAACUUCGAUCGAGUCGGAGAAGAAAUAUGUGGAAUUUUCACACGUUGAGAUAUUAACCACUUCACCACGAACACCGCAACCUGAAAUUUCAAUUAUCAAAGGGCAUGUUGUUGACCAGACAUGUUGCCAUGCCCCACUGAGCCGAGGGCCGUGGCGCUUAGAUGGGAAUAUACUGUCCAUCGAUAUCAGAGAAGCACAACGCAUUCCCAUUUCUGCUGGGACUUCUACAUUUCGAGUGCUAGAUGGCCAGCUGUUUCAGACUAUAACAAUGAGCCUCGGGGCGGUUGGUACAACAUCUAAGCCGGCAAAUUCUGCCAGAACCACCAGGAAGACGGGUGUGUCUGCAGCUAGAGGCCCACUUACCUCUGAGAAAAAACGGUAUCUCGUACGGUUGAGAGAUGAGGGAUACACGUGGAACCAAAUAAGCGCCAAGUUUCCUGGCACAAAGAAGGAAAGCCUCCAGGCAGCUUAUUAUAGAGAAUUGAAGCGCUUGCCAACUCGGGUCUCCCAACGUUUGGAGCGUACUUCCAGCUCACAUACUAGAUCGAAGGAAUCAAGCAAUCCCGAAAGUCCAAAACCAUGUCAGGUGAAGAGGAUAAGAUGUUCACGCUACAAUCUCCGAUGUAGGAGCGAUCGUUGA